GAACAACAGAGAGACCGUCUAGCCAUCAGCUGCACCAAUCCACUGCGCCGCACGCUAGCGCUAGAGCCAUGGCUGCAGGCGCUUCUCUCCUUAACCUUCACCCUCGUCUCAGGCCCUCCCUCGCCGCCGUUCUCCGCUCCCACCCUCCGCUCUCUCUCCACCACUGGCGCCCCCAAUUCUCUUUCUCUCUUCUCUACCUUUCACCUUUCCCACCCCUCCGCUCCCGCAGAUUUUCCCGUCCCAACCACUCUCCUUCCGCGAACUCCAGACACCACUCUUCUGCAACUUCGCCGUUGCCGUCUCCAGCGCCCGCCACGACCUCAAAUGCGGACGACAAUGGUGGCUCCGGCCGCUCCGGUGCCAUGUCUGCGCCGUUGCCAGCCUUUGAUUCUACGCAAAAGAUUGACGUGAAUCCGCCCAAGGGGACCAGAGAUUUCCCCCCCGAGGAAAUGCGACUCCGCAAUUGGCUUUUCAAUAACUUCAGAGAGGUUUCGAAGUUGUUCGGGUUUGAGGAGGUUGAUUUUCCGGUGCUUGAGUCGGAGGCGCUGUUUAUAAGAAAGGCCGGGGAGGAGAUUCGAGACCAGUUAUACUGCUUUGAGGAUCGUGGAAAUCGCCGUGUUGCAUUGAGGCCCGAACUCACUCCUUCUUUGGCAAGGCUUGUUAUACAGAAAGGAAAAUCUCUAUCCCUGCCAUUGAAAUGGUUUGCUGUUGGGCAGUGUUGGCGUUAUGAGAGAAUGACGAGGGGAAGGCGUCGUGAGCACUACCAGUGGAACAUGGACAUUAUUGGUGUACCUGAAGUCACGGCUGAAGCGGAGCUUAUUUCUUCUAUUGUCACCUUUUUCAAACGAAUUGGGAUCACAGCAUCAGAUGUUGGCUUCAAAGUUUCUAGUCGAAAGGUUCUACAAGAAGUGCUGAGGUGUCACUCCAUUCCAGAAAAUUUAUUUGGCGAAGUUUGCAUCAUCAUAGAUAAGAUGGAAAAAAUUCCAAUGGAUGAGAUCAAGAAAGAGUUGAAGUCUGUUGGGAUAUUAGAAGAGGCUGCUGAGGAGCUCUUGCGAGUCCUUUCCAUAAAGUCACUUACAAAAUUGGAAGAGGUGCUUGGAGCUGCAGGGGAAGCUGUUGCUGAUUUGAAACAAUUAUUCUCACUUGUUGAAAAAUUUGGUUAUUCUGAGUGGAUUCAAUUUGAUGCAUCUGUUGUCCGUGGUCUAGCCUAUUACACUGGAAUUGUUUUUGAGGGAUUUGAUAGAGAAGGAAAUUUGCGAGCCAUUUGUGGGGGUGGGCGAUACGAUCAGUUACUCUCUACUUUUGGAGGCGAUGAAAUUCCAGCAUGUGGCUUUGGAUUUGGUGAUGCUGUCAUAAUAGAAUGUCAUUGCAUGGAAUAUGAUACCUGUGGUCAUGCAUUGCUUCCUUGGUGUAUUUAUUUUUUUUCCCCAUUCCUUUUGGGUUCACAGUUGCUCAAAGAUAAGGGACUUCUGCCUGAACUCAGCCUGGAAGUUGAGAACAUUGUGUGUUCACUGGAUCCUCAUCUUCAAGGAGCAGCAGCUGCAGCUGCUACAAUACUUAGGGAAAAGGGGAAAACUGUUGAUCUUGUUUUGGAGAACAAACCACUUAAAUGGGUGUUCAAACGAGCAUCACGGAUAAAUGCACGCAGGCUGAUAUUGGUGGGAAGUUCAGAGUGGCAAAGAGGUAUGGUUGUUGUAAAAAUCCUCUCCUCCGGUGAACAAUAUGAGAUCAAACUUGAUGAACUGGAGUGAUAGAUUUGGCUGUUUUAGAGGUUUGUAGUCUGUAUAUUAUUCUUGAUGGACUAAAAUAUUUUCUGGUUUGUUUACAUCCCAUCUUUUAUUUAUUGCUUAUGUUUUUUUCUCAUAGAGAUGUUGGCAAUAUAGAAUCAAAACUUCCAUAGA